AUGCCCUCAUUCAACCCUCUGGCCAACGUCACUGGGCGCAACGCCUACACGCUUUUCGAAAUCCGCCUCGACAGCGACUUUCUAGUCUUCCGAGGCAACGAUCAUGAGUCCUCAGGACAACUGCUCAAAGGCACCGUUGUGCUAUGUUUACCACAAGCUCUAAAAGUAGACGAUGUGCACCUGCGACUAGUCGGAACUGAAAGGUUGAACUGGACGGACGCACGGGUUACCCCAACGGGAAUCUCAAAUCAGAAGGUCGAUCGCACCAACAUUUUCUUCCAGCACAGAUGGCGACCUUUUGUGGGAGGCAGCUCGGGGAAGAGCACGCUGCUCGAGAAGGGAAACUAUGAAUGGCCGUUUGAGCUUAUGCUGCCGGGCGACUUCUGCGAAUCCAUCGAGGGCAUGCCUGAGGCCAGCAUCACUUAUCAUUUGAAGGCGACCGUCGCGCGCGGCAAACUCGCUUACGACCUGCAUGCUAAGAAGAGAGUGAGGAUAAUACGGACCCUCGAGUCUUCGGCCCUGGAAUUCCUGCACGCCAUGAGCGUCGAAAACAUCUGGCCCAACAAGGUGGAAUACAGCGUUGUGAUCCCGACCAAGGCCAUCGUAUUUGGAAGCUCCAUCCCGCUCGAGACGAGGUUUACGCCUCUGCUGAAAGGACUGGAGAUCGGGGAAAUCAACUGCAGGUUGAUGGAGGUUCACGAGAUAAUGGUGACGACAAUGCAAGGGCACCACAUACGAGAACAUAAGAGGGAACGCGAGGUCUCACAUUGGACGCUCUCAGUAAAUCGAGACGAGCACUGGAAUGACAUGAUCGAGGACUCUGGCCAGGAGGGUUGGGUCCUGAACACAAAUCUCGAUCUCCCAAGGAAGUUGGGCAAGUGCAUGCAAGACACCAACGUGCAUGGCAUCAAGAUAAGACACAAACUCAAGAUGGUGGUCGCACUGCACAAUCCGGAUGGCCACGUCUCCGAGCUCCGUGCCACUCUUCCCGUGACGAUAUUCAUCUCCCCGAACAUGCCCCUGGACGACGACGGGAACCUGGUGCGCCAAGCACCUCACGAGACCAGCCAGGCUCAACGCAUGCACGGCAUCGCGCCGCCGGGCUACGGCGAGCACAUUCUCGACCAGCUCUACGACGAGGUGGACAUGAAUGGCCUGCAGAGCGGUUUCCAGACACCCGCAAUCCAAUCCGGCGUCAACACGCCCUUCUACGCCCUUUCCCGGGCUGGUUCGGCCGAGAACCUGCACCAGAUGGCAGGGAUGGCAGUGCCUCCUGCAGCGCUUAGCUCGCGGCUGCAGGACGUGUCUCUCAAUGCGUCAGACAGGAGUCAAUCGUACCACAGCCUCAGCGGCGCGACGACAGGCGGCGCGACGACACCGCACUCGCAGCCUCCCCCGGCCGAUAGCAAUCACAACUCACCUCCACCUUCGGAACCACUAUCCAGAUCGAACAGCGGCGAGAACCACUCCGGCAUAAACACGCCAGAGCACAUCGAGUUGGAGAGUCUCAGCAAGGUGCCCAGCUACACCACGGCAAUCAAGACACCUGCCCGACCCCUUAGCACGGGAGAGGGCCUGGCUCUACCCGAUUACGACUCUGUAGUGAGCGCACCAACGACGCCUACGGUACAAACCACGCCGGCAGGAAAUCCUCUGGACUCGAUCCCCGAAACCACGACCACCGAGACGAUGAACCAGCCACCGCCCAGGCCUCGCCCGUCCAGAAGGCAGACGUCUCUGGGAUUCAGCAAUCUGCUCCACCAUCACCACUUCGGGGUCGAAGAUGACGUCCGUCGGAGACUGCACCUCCUGCAGGCUCGAGCCCAGCCCUACUAG